UUUUAGCCACCGGAGGACAGCAGAGUAAGAAAGCUACAUAAGUCGAGCGUUGAAGCUGACUGUGAUGACUCUCCUCAAAUUCAGCAUCUGAGUGGCGCGAGAGGCUGGAACUUCCUGUGCUGUCUGUUCACCCGUUUUACAUAUACAGGGUGAUUUUGGAGCUGCAAAGUGACAGGGAGCGAGUGUAUCCAUUAUGAGAGAAAGGCGUCCGUGCUGAAGCUGUAAAUGCGGAUUGUUUACAUCAGUCGGAGAAGCUUUUCCUUCUAUGCCCCCUCCUUCCGCGCAGUGUCGCGGCGGCUUCCUCGACUCCCCUUCACCGCAGACAACACUGGAGCUGGCUAUGGGGCCGUAAACAGCCCGGGCCCUGACUAAAGACCUGCGUUGCAUCAGAAAAGGAAGAUUAUUGAUGCACAAUUCACUUUGUUGACUGGUGCAUCAAACAAGAGUUAUUGCUAGGAAACAACUACUGAUUUUGAACUACGUUCUUUUUCCAAGAUAAUCGCAAGCUCUGAUAUUGGAGUGGGUUGAUGUGCCGACCAAGCUGACCGAGAUAUUAUGGCUGUUCUAAAACUCGUCGAGCAGCCUCCGCUGGUCCAGGCCAUCUUCAAUGGAGAUCCUGAGGAGAUCCGCAUGCUUAUUCACAAAUCCGAGGAUAUCAACGCCUUGGAUGCAGAGAAGCGUACCCCACUCCAUGCCGCAGCCUUCUUGGGGGACGCCGAGAUAACCGAGCUUCUCAUUCUGUCUGGGGCUCGAGUAAAUGCCAAAGACAACAUGUGGCUCACUCCUCUCCACCGCGCUGUGGCGUCCCGUAGUGAGGAGGCGGUUCGCGCGCUGAUCCGCCACUCGGCUGACGUGAACGCGCGGGAUAAGAAUUGGCAGACGCCGCUCCACGUUGCCGCGGCCAACAAGGCUCUCCGCUGCGCUGAGGUCAUCAUCCCCCUCCUGAGCAGCGUCAACGUGUCGGACCGCGGGGGGCGGACCGCCCUGCACCAUGCAGCCCUCAACGGCCACACGGAGAUGGUAAACCUGCUAUUGGCAAAGGGAGCCAACAUCAAUGCAUUUGACAAGAAGGAUGGCCGUGCACUGCACUGGGCAGCAUAUAUGGGUCACCUGGAUGUAGUGUGCCUACUGGUCAGCCAGGGUGCGGAGGUCAGCUGUAAGGAUAAACGAGGUUACACCCCCCUACACACAGCCGCUUCUAACGGUCAGAUCGCAGUGGUCAAACAUCUGCUCAACUUGGCUGUCGAGAUCGAUGAGGCCAAUGCUUUCGGGAACACCGCCCUUCACAUAGCCUGUUUCAACGGUCAGGACGCCGUCGUCAGUGAGCUGAUCGAUUACGGGGCUAACGUCAGCCAGCCCAACAACAAGGGGUUUACCCCACUGCACUUCGCCGCCGCGUCCACCCACGGAGCCCUCUGCCUGGAGUUCCUGGUCAACAACGGAGCUGACGUGAACGUACAGAGUCGGGAUGGGAAGAGCCCCCUCCACAUGACGGCGGUCCACGGCCGCUUUACUCGCUCCCAGACGCUCAUCCAGAACGGUGGUGAGAUUGACAGCGUGGACAAGGAUGGAAACACUCCGCUUCACGUAGCUGCUCGAUAUGGCCACGAGCUUCUCAUCAACACACUCAUCACCAGUGGAGCUGACUGCACAAGACGAGGGGUCCAUGGUAUGUUCCCCCUCCACCUGGCUGCUAUGAACGCCCACUCAGACUGCUGCCGGAAACUGCUCUCCUCAGGCUUCCAGAUCGACACCCCCGACGCCCUGGGGAGGACCUGUCUACAUGCAGCCGCCGCUGGGGGUAAUGUGGAGUGUGUCAAGUUGCUGCUGAGCAGUGGAGGGGACCACAACCGGAGGGACAAAUGUGGCAGGACCCCUCUCCACUAUGCGGCUGCCAGUCGUCACUAUCAGUGCCUGGAGACCCUGGUGUCUUGUGGGACCUGCAUUAACGCCACUGACCAGUGGGGGCGCUCUGCCUUGCACUACGCCGCUGCCUCCGAUCUGGACAGAAGGCGGCGUCAGGCUUUGGAGCCGGAGAGUGAAGGGGUCCAGGCAGAGAAGGAGAAGGAGGCUGCACUCUGUCUGGAGUUCCUGUUACAAAGUGGUGCUACUGCCUCUCUGAAGGACAAGCAGGGCUACAGUCCAGUCCACUACGCUGCAGCCUAUGGCCACAGACACUGCCUGGAGCUGCUGCUAGACCGAGAUGAGAGUCAUCAGGACCCUGACUCUGGGAGCGCUCGGAGCCCGCUCCACCUUGCUGCGUACCAUGGCCACGCCCAGGCCCUGGAGGUGCUUCUUCAGGGGGAGAGGGAGGUCGACCAGGGGGACGAGGCCGGGCGUUCUCCCCUGGCCUUGGCAGCCCUCAGGGGCCACACUGACUGUGUCCACACCCUCCUGGGCCAGGGGGCCUCGCCACGUACCACGGACACCAAGAGAGGACGCACCCCAGUACACCUGGCAGUGAUGAACGGACAUACCUCGUGUGUGCGCCUCCUGCUGGAUGACCAGGACAGUGCAGACUUGGUGGAGGCCGCGGACUCCCAGGGACAGACUCCUCUGAUGCUGGCGGUGGCCGGGGGUCACGUGGACGCCGUAUCUCUGCUGCUGGAAAGGGGGGCCGCCGUCGACACAGCUGACAAUAAUGGCAUGACCGCCCUCCACCUGGGGUUGCUGUGUGGUCAGGAAGAGUGCGUCCAGUGUCUGUUGGAGCAGGAGGCCUCUGUGCUGCUGGGGGACUCCAGGGGCCGAACGGCCCUGCAUCUAGCUGCUGCGAAGGGCCACGCGUCCUGGCUCGCGGAGCUGCUGAGUAUCGCCUGUUCCGAACAGCCGACGCCCCCCCUCCGGGACCACCAGGGAUACACACCGCUGCACUGGGCCUGCUCCUACGGUCACGAGGGCUGUGUUGAGGUGCUGCUGGAGCAGAAAGGUUGUCGCUGUAUCGACGGCAACCCCUUCACCCCCCUGCACUGUGCCGUGAUGAACGACCACGAGCCCUGCGCCUCCCUGCUCCUGGAGGCCAUGGGAUCGGACAUCGCCAGCUGCAGGGACUCUAAGGACAGGACACCCCUCCACGCGGCGGCGUUCUCUGGUCACGUGGACUGUGUCCAGCUGCUCCUGUCCCACGACGCGCCCGUGGACGCAGUGGACCAAUCGGGGUGCAGUGCACUGAUGAUGGCUGCCGAGAGGGGCAGAGUUGAGGUGGUAGAGCUGCUGUUGAACAGUGCCAACGCCACUCUGGGUUUCGUGGACCAGAACGGGAACACGGCUCUCCACCUGGCCUGCAGUAGUGGGAAGGAGGACUGUGUGCUGUUAAUCCUGGAGAAGCUGAAGGACACGGUUCUCAUAGGUGCCACAAACACAGCACUGCAGACGCCCCUCCACCUAGCGGCCCGUCGCGGUCUGAAGCAGGCCGUCCAGGAGCUGUUGUCCAGGGGGGCCAGUGUUCAGAUGUUGGAUGAGAACGGUCUGACUCCUGCUCUGGCUUGUGCUCCUAGCAGGGAGGUGGCUGACUGUCUGGCUCUCAUUCUGGCUACCAUGAUGCCUUUCUGCUCCCCUUGCAGCUCCGGAGCACCCUCCCCAGGUUCCCUCCUGAGGGCCUUACCCAGACAGGGGAAGGGCUCCCGGGGACCUCGCAGCCCAAAGGCCCCGUCGGGACCCUCUAGCGAUGGCAGUGCUAGUCAGGGCACCAAUGAAAAUGACUCGGACUCUGAAACCUUUUGACUCCUACGACCAGGACCUAUGAUGCUGUCUCUUAUCAGAACGCACGAUGUCCUCAGAUCAGCACUUUCCAACCACCUACCACCCCUGAUCUCAUGUGUCCCCAGAGAAAAAUCUCUCAGUGGGGCUUGUAAAGGACUUGAUCCACUCUGAAGGCUAGAGCUUGACCCCUGAACUAAACGUGCCUGCUGGUGCUUCUCCAGAUCAACCUUGGGUACUUCGUUUCAGCUUAGCUAUGACAGCAGCUGAGACAUUUCCAAUGAAAGCCAUUUUUUUUAAUCGUUUGCAUGAAUAGGACCAGGAAAAAAGAAAAGCAGAAAUGUAAACUUUUAAACAGAUUUUUUUAUUUUGGUUGAUGUACCAAAAAUGGACACAAGUUUACACUGUAUACAGUAUCUGUUUUAUUGUUGUGUCUGGGUAGGUAUACAGAAAGGUACAAACUGCUCUAUCUACCCAGGGAUGUAAGUAUAGCACAACCUAACUAAAGCACAAUUCCGGAAUUCACUCCGAGGCCUAUUAUAGAGACAGGGUAAACCUCUAGUCAGAGUGGACGGAUUGCUCCCUGGGCAGUUCCCACACAAAUACAAAUCAGACAUUGAUUGGGCCCCUAUGAUUUUCUUAAACAUGUCAGCCAACCAAACUCUCAGCAAUGAUUAUUAUCUAUGGGGAACAAGGAUCCAGUGUUGAUUGGGAUUUUCUCACACGGUCAGUUAGUCAAGUUGUAAUGUUACAGGACCACAGUGUUUCAGUGUGCUGAGAUACUUUAUGAUGUCAGAUUUGGUCUCCAGAGAAGAGUUUUUAACACCUCUGCAGUAUUUAUUAAAGUUUAUAUUAUGGUACAGAAUACUGCCUGCACUUGAAACAUAAAGGAGAGCAGGACGACUCUUCAUCCCUUCCCCAUUUCCUGUCCACACAGGUUCUGUCUACCUUGCAGGAGUGUGUCAGUGCCUUGUCUCUCCCUUGUUUUUAGUUUUUAUUUCCAUUUUCAAAACUGUCUGAGUAUGCCAAUUGUCCGUGUGUGUGUGUGUGUGUGUAAUAUAUGUGUGACAUUCAUUGGAAACGUUUGAGAUUAGAGUCGGUGAACUCAAGAGGUAGGGACCAUUUUAGAGUCCUAUCGCUUUUAACCCUGAAAAAAAAGUCACCUCACACCAAUAUAACUUCUCAGCUAAGGUCAGACAUGGGUGUGUGUGUUUGUCUGUGAAUGCAUGUGUGUCUGCAACAAGGUGUCUGUGACAAAAUGGCGUUUUCAGAUUUUUGUUUAUACGGUUAUUGUAAUUGUGUAUGAUGUCAUAGAAAAGCGCAGCCUAUUCUGUAAUAACUGUCUCAAGCACAGAGAAUGAGAACCACCGAGCACGUUUUAAAAAGCAGUGUUAGUUUGAUGUCUCUGUUUCUAAAGACAUUGAGAAUAACAGUGACAAAGAGAUUAUGUGUGUCCAAAAUGGCACCCUAUUCCUUACAUAGUGCACUGAUUUUGGCCAGAACUCCUUGACCCUUAUCAAGAGUGUUGUGCUAUAGAGGGAACUGGGAGACAUUUAGGGCGUGGCCAUGUCUUGUCAGUAUUAUGUCAUAGUGAGCGUCACACAACCAGUGAGUCGUGACAGUCGUAUCAUUCUGUCACAUUGAUUUUCAUACCAUUUCCUGAUGCAGUUUGAUAUGCUGAAGGCUGUUUGUCAGCUAGCCUUUGUUUUAUAUGAAUGAAUUGUACAAUUAUAAUAUAAAAAUCUGUUUUAAUUUA